CUUUUCUCUAGGAACUACAAGCAGGAUGUUUAUCCCAGAAAAGUGCCCUCCCUCCACAUGGACCUUUAUCCAGCCACAUCUUGUUCUUUUUCACAGUGCAUUAUUACCAACAGUGCUUGGUUAUUGCCAAGAAUCCUUGUCUGUUAUUACCAACAGUCCUUGGUUGGCUUCAGAGCCACACACACAUCAGCCCCUUAUGCCCCCCUGGGCACCAGGACCCUGCACCACUCCCUCCCUCCUUCCCAUCAGGGUCCUGCCAGCCCAUUCCCAGCCCCUCUGGACAUCAGGACCGUUCAGAUCCCACCCUGAACUCCACCCCGGUGGGACACAUCCCACCCGUCACGGGGGGAUCCAGCACCAGGUUGUGCAGCAGGUCCAACCUCCUGCCCCGCUGGUGCCCUUGCACCGUUCCUGCUGUUGCCUGGUUUGUGCCACCUUCCCAAACUGAACCAGUUCCCAGGGCUUUCUCAGCGUUUCUCCUACUCACAACCUGCUGUGCUUCCUCUUUCCUUUUCCUUUUGAGGCCAAGCCAGAGACAGGCUCUCCUGCCACAGAGAGGGCGGCGGGUGGGCUUUGCCUCGUGCAAAUCCUCUUCCCCAAACCACAGCCUGGGUCCCCUCAAGGCAGAGAGGGGGACAGAAGGAGGGAGCUGCAGCCAUCAGUCCCACUCCUGCAGCUCCUGCACACCCAGGACCUGCUCCCAGGCAGUGCCAUGGAGGGAGAGGUGGAUAAUCAGCAGAGUGUGGUGAAGCUGGUGGCUGUGUUUGAAGAGCACUGCAGGGACAGCAAAUUUGCCUGCAGGGAUAACCAGGCUCCUCACAGCCAGACCACUGCUGCAGCCAGCCAGCCCCAGCAGCUUCCAGCAUCCCCUGCCCGCUGGAGCCUCUCCCCGAGGGCUGCCAGGCUCCAAGGGGAGCAAGAGCAGGAGGAGGAGCAGCAAGGUCAGCAUGGACUCAGCUUCAAAUGCCUCCGUUCUUUGCGACACAAAAUCCGUGAGGAUAACUGGAGGAGGCCCCAGGGCCUGGGGCUGGAGCCUGGCAAGGAGGAACCAGAGGAAAAGAAAAUCGCUCUGGAGCUGCUGGAGACAGAGCAGGCUUAUGUCAACCGCCUCCACCUCCUCGACCAGGUGUUCUACACAGAGCUGAUGAAAGAAGCCAAAACUGGAAAGACGGUCCCAGAGGAGGUGGUGAAAAUGAUCUUCUCCAACAUCUCCUCCAUCCACCAGUUUCACUCCGAGUUCUUCCUGCCAGAGCUGCGGAAGCGCAUGGAGGAUUGGAACUGCAACCCCCGGAUUGGGGAUGUGAUCCAGAAACUUGCACCAUUCCUCAAGAUGUACGGGGAAUACGUGAAGAACUUCGACAAGGCCGUGGAGCUCAUCACUGCCUGGUCAGAGAAAUCCCCGCCCUUCCAGGAGCUCAUUGCUGACAUCCAGAAGAGGAAGGUCUGUGCUAAUCUAACGCUGCAGCACCACAUGCUGGAGCCUGUGCAGAGGAUCCCACGCUACGAACUCCUCCUGAAGGAUUAUGUCCAGAAACUGCCGCCUGAGUCCCCCGACCGGGGCGAUGCCGAGAAGGCCCUGGAGAUGAUCUUUAUGGUGGCCAAGCACUCCAACGCAGCUAUCGCCGAGAUGGAACGGCUGCAGAACCUCUGGGUGGUCUAUCAGCGGCUGGGCCUCGAGGAUGACAUUGUGGAUCCCUCCAACCAGCUGAUCAAGGAGGGACCCAUCCAAAAAGUCUCCACCCGCAACAACAGCACGUCGGAGAAGUACCUGUUCCUGUUCAACAACAUGCUGCUGUACUGCGUGCCCAAGGUCAUCCAGGUGGGCGCCGAGUUCCAGGUCCGCCUGCGCAUGGACGUGGACGGCAUGAAGGUGUGGGGGCUGAAGGACACAGAGUUCCCUCACACCUUCCUGGUGUCGGGAAAGCAGCGGACGCUGCAGCUGCAGGCCAGGUCUGGGGAGGAGAUGGAUGCCUGGAUUAAGGCCUUCCAAGAUGCCAUUGACAGGAAGGAGAAGAGAAGUGAGACCUUUAGGACAGCAGUACCUGGACUGGAGACAGACAGCCCUGCACUGAAGACAGAGGAGCUGGGCCGCCGAGCUCCGCAGUGGGUGCGGGACAACCUGGUGACGAUGUGCAUGCGCUGCAGGGAGCCCUUCAACGCCAUCACCCGCCGGAGACACCACUGCCGAGCCUGUGGAUACGUGGUGUGUGCUCGCUGCUCUGACUACAAGGCUGAGCUGCAGUACGACGGGAACCGCCUGAACCGCGUCUGCCAGGAGUGUUACAUCUUCCUGACGGGCCACGCGGUGCCCGAGGACCGGGAGGGGAAGCACAAAGGCAUCCUGGAGAAAGGAGCUGCAGAGGUAUCAAGCAGGAGUUUGCUCUGCAGUUCCCUGCAGCUGCUGGACAAGAACGGCAAGGGGGGGACGCGGGGCUGGUUUGUGAUCCCGCAGGACGAUCCCCUCGUGCUGUACAUCUACGCAGCCCCCCAGGACGUGCGAGCCCACACCUCCAUCCCCCUCCUGGGCUACCAGGUGAAGGACCUGCCCCAGAGCGACUCCCGCCACCUCUUCCAGCUGGCGCAGUCCGGGCAGGUUCACACCUUCCUGGCCGACACCGAGGAGCUGAAGCGGCGCUGGAUGAGGGCCAUGGCACGCUCUGCCGCAGGGAUCACACCCCCAGAGGAUGAGGAGGAGGAUGCAGACCCCUGUGACAAAGCAGAAUGAGGCCAUUCCCACCCCUGGGCCGCCUGGGGAGUCACCUCCCCAGCCUGUCCUCGCCGCUGGCUUCAUGCAGACCCGCGACAUCUCUGCGCUUGGGUUACCAUCAUGAAAAGGACCACACGGACAAGCCGGAUUCCCCUUCCCCUCGCUCCUUGCCCCCCGCACUGGAC